CGGCCGCAGAUUUCACAGCGAAAUGGGCUCUGUUCAGUAUUGGCAGUCCAACGAUGAGGCGGCGAGCGAAUCACUGGAUAUAAACCACCAUGCCAUUUGCAUGGCAAUGGGAGAUAAGCUAUACUUGGCUCCCCUAGAAAAAGACAAGAUCACAAGAGCCCUUGAUAUAGGCACUGGAACAGGCAUAUGGGCCAUCGACUUUGCCGAUGAAUAUCCUGAUGCUCAAAUCAUUGGCACAGACAUUUCUCCAAUUCAACCGACUUGGGUGCCUCCGAAUCUCCAGUUUGAGAUCGAAGACUGUACUCAAGACUGGACAUUUCGCAACGAGCACUUUGACUAUGUCCACAUGCGAUGGCUUCUGGGCAGCAUUCAAGACUGGGACGCCCUGAUGCGGCAAGCAUAUCGCGUGCUGCGUCCGGGGGCGUAUUUUGAGAUAUUGGAGCCUUCGGCCAUCAUUACAAGCGAUGAUGGGACUGUCACAGAGACAAGUGCCUUGGGACAAUGGGGCAAAUUUUUUAUCAACGGCGGUAAACAAAUUGGAAGGAGUUUCACCGUGGUUGAAGACGAGACGCAGCGAAAGUCGAUGGAGGCGGCUGGCUUCGUCGAUAUUCAAGAAUUUAAUUACAAGAUGCCAAUAGGAGGCUGGGCUAGAGACCCCAAAAUGAAAGAACUCGGCCAGUUUGCGCAACUGGUCAUUGAAAAGGACACUGAGGGCUACAUUGUCUUCAUGGCAAACACACUAGGAUGGACACGAGAAGAAAUUUUGGUAUACAUCAGCCUGCUGCGGCGAGAAAUCCGGUCGAAUAACUUUCAUGCGUAUUACAAGUUUAAGGCGGUUUACGGAAGGAAGCCACUCAAUGAAGAGAAGCAUUGAUGUUUUUUGUCUCUUCAUGCUUAGUUGUCCUAAGUUGCAGGCAAGUUCUUUCAUUAUUUCCGAGCUGGUAUUGUCGCAUUGAUCUCAUAAUCAUGUGCUAUGUCGUGUCAAGAACGCGUCGGC